AUGGUUGAAUGUCUAGUCUCUGCUGGUGCCAAUGUGAACCAUCACUGGAAAUGCAAGGUUGAUAGCCUCGUUACUCCCCUUCAAUCUGCCGUGCGGAGGAAGCAUGAUGACAUUGUCGAGCUGUUGCUUCAAAGAGGCGCUGAUGUCAAUGUCCCAGCGAACGAGAAUGGUGGACAGACUGCGCUACAGAUAGCAGUUUCCCAAAACAAUCAUGCUAUGGUAAAGCUCUUGAUUAGCCACAAGGCAGAUGUCAACGGUAUACCAAGUCCAGUCCGAGGCCGAUCAGCCCUCCAAGAGGCUGCAAGCCGAGGUUUCGUGGAGCUUACUCAGUACCUACUGGAUUGCGGGGCAGACCCUAAUCUACCAGCAGCACGACUUGGGGGCUUUACUGCGCUACAAGGAGCUGCGAUCGAGGGAAAGAUACGCAUUGUGAUCAUGCUAAUUCAAGCUGGGGCACAUGUCAAUGCAGCGCCCGCUAUUAAACAAGGACGCAGUGCGACUGAGGGCGCUGCAGAGAAUGGCAGACUUCAUACUUUGCAUCUCUUGUUGAACCAUCAUCCUGACACGGAAGAGUUUGAUAUCAUCAGAAAACGAGCGUCAAGACUAGCUCUAGCCAAUGGCCACUUAGCUAUUGGGAGGUUUUUGAUGGCAUAUCGCAAGCAUGCCUGGAGGGCAUGA